AUGCAAAANGAUCGACUGCUACCACAAGAAAUCGGAUGGAUGUUACAAGUGCGGACAAUCGGAUCAUCGCAUCCGAAACUGUCCGGCGGUUUUCUACUAACUGGAACCCGUGAUGGUGGUGAUUCCAGUAACAUACAACAAUAUCCAUCAACCACCAACCAUACCACAACACGUACAGCAGGUCCCAUUUACAUCAACGUACAAAGAUGGGCAGCUCCGGGAGCGGAGCUGGAGCGGAGCGGCUCGGAGGAGGACCGGAGCUGGAGUAGCGCUGGAGCGAGAUUUUUUGAAAACAGAUGGAGCUGGAGCGGAGCGGGUUGUACUGGAAAUAGAGCUGGAGCGGAGUCGGAGCGAGCUUUUACCUAUAGUUAA